GGUGGGAGUUGGGCGAGGUGCCUGCGCUCCUGCCUCAGGAGCCGCCGCCAGAGGCUGAAGUCUGAAUGUCCAGGAGGUCCGCGGAGUCCCGGGUGGAGUCCGGACCCCGCUGCCGCCUCCGGGGUGCUCCUGGGCGCUCCGGGGCGCUCCGCUCCACCUCCGCUCUGAACUGUCCAGCCUCUGGACCUUUGUGAUCUGAAUCCUGGGUCACUUUCUUCCUCUGAAGGCCUCUCUGAGGCUGUCCUGCUUCUCUCUGCCUCUGUUCCCUUCUCCAUCUCCAGAUCACACUGAAGCUAUCUCCAACUGCCUGAUGCAGGAUUUAUUUCCUCUAAUCUGAGAUUCUUUUCUAUCUUCUCCUGUCUCUACUUGAGAUUUCUAAUCCCUUUGUCCUGUGUGACUCCCUCCACUCUGGAACCUGGGUCUGCAUCCUCCUUUCUCCCUGGAAGACGCCUGAAAGAAAAUCAGGUCAUGGCAGUGGCUGCCCUGUGGCCCUGGGGAGUACACCUGCUUAUGAGCCUGCUGUCCUUGGGAUCUGGCCUGGACACACUAGAGGUGUGCCCCAGCCUGGAUAUCCGCUCCGAGGUUACAGAGCUUCGUCGCCUGGAGAACUGCAGUGUGGUGGAGGGCCACCUGCAGAUCCUUCUCAUGUUUGCUGCCACCGGAGAGGACUUCCGGGGCCUCAGCUUCCCGAGCCUCACCCAGGUGACCGACUACCUGCUGCUCUUCCGAGUCUAUGGUCUGGAGAGCCUUCGAGACCUCUUUCCCAACCUGGCCGUGAUCCGAGGUGCACGCCUCUUCCUGGGCUAUGGGCUCAUCAUCUUUGAGAUGCCCCACCUAAGGGACAUCGGGCUGCCGUCGCUUGGGGCCGUGCUUCGUGGGGCUGUGCGUGUUGAGAAAAACCAGGAACUGUGCCAUCUCUCCACCAUUGACUGGGGCCUGCUGCAGCCUGCACCUGGUGCCAACCACAUUGUAGGGAACAAGGGCGAGGAGUGUGCUGACGUUUGCCCUGGUGUGCUGGGUGCUGCUGUGUGCCCGUGCCCCCGUGGUCUGGCCUGCACAGCAGGUGGCGAGUGCUGCCACAGUGAAUGUCUGGGCGGCUGCAGCCGGCCUGAAGACCCUCGGGCCUGUGUAGCCUGCCGUCACCUCUCCUUCCAAGGAGUCUGCCUGCAGGCCUGCCCCCCGGGCACCUACCAGUAUGAGUCCUGGCGCUGUGUCACUGCCGAGCUCUGUGCCCAUCUGCGCGAGGUGCCUGGCCAUGCAGCUGCCUUUGGCAUCUACCAGGGCAGCUGCCUGGCUCAGUGCCCUCCAGGCUUCACCCGUAAUGGCAGCAGCAUUUUCUGCCACAAGUGUGAGGGGCUGUGCCCCAAAGAAUGCAAGGUCGGCACAAAGACCAUCGACUCUGUCCAAGCCACACAGGACCUGGUGGGCUGCACCCACGUGGAGGGGAGCCUCAUCCUCAACCUUCGCCAAGGCUACAACCUGGAGCCAGAGCUUCAACGCAAUCUGGGGCUCGUGGAGACCAUCACUGGCUUCCUCAAAAUCAAGCACUCUUUUGCACUCGUGUCCCUGGGCUUUUUCAAGAACCUGAAACUAAUCCGGGGAGAUUCCAUGGUGGACGGGAACUACACUCUGUAUGUGUUGGACAACCAGAACCUGCAACAGUUGGGGUCCUGGGUGGCUGUGGGACUCACCAUUCCGGUGGGCAAAAUGUACUUCGCCUUCAACCCACGCCUCUGCUUGGAGCACAUAUACCAACUGGAGGAGGUUACAGGGACCAGAGGUCGGCAGAGCAAGGCUGAGAUCAACCCUCGCACCAACGGAGAUCGAGCUGCCUGUCAGACUCGCACUCUGCGCUUUGUGUUCAACCUCACUGAAGAGGACCGCAUCCUGCUGCGAUGGGAGCGCUAUGAGCCUCUGGAGGCCCGGGACUUGCUCAGCUUCAUCGUCUAUUACAAGGAGUCUCCAUUCCAGAAUGCCACAGAACACGUGGGUCCAGAUGCCUGUGGAACCCAGAGUUGGAACCUGUUGGAUGUGGAACUGCCUCUCAGCCGCACCCAGGAGCCGGGGGUGACCCUAGCCCCCCUUAAGCCCUGGACACAGUACGCCGUGUUUGUGCGGGCCAUCACACUGACCACUGCUGAGGACAGCCCCCAUCAGGGAGCCCAGAGCCCCAUUGUCUACCUUCGGACAUUGCCUGCAGCACCCACGGUGCCCCAACAUGUCAUCUCCACCUCCAACUCCUCCUCACACCUUCUGGUGCGCUGGAAGCCGCCGGUCCAGCGCAAUGGAAACAUCACCUACUACCUGGUGCUGUGGCAGCGGCUAGCAGAGGACAGUGACCUCUACAUUAAUGACUACUGCCAUCGCGGUCUGCGGCUGCCCACCAGCAGCCACGACACACGCUUCGACCGUGAAGACCCAGCACUGGAGGCUGAGCCGGAGCAAGGCUGCUGUCCUUGCCAACACUCACCUCCUGGGCAGGCCUUGCCGACAAUGGAGGCACAGGACACCACGUUCCAGAAAAAGUUUGAAAACUUCCUACACCACGCCAUCACUAUCCCCAAGGCCCCCUGGAAAGUGACAUCCAUCAGCAAGAGCCCCCAAAGGGACCGCAGGGAAGCUGGCCUUCUCAGAUUGGGGAACAACUCGGAUUUUGAGAUUCAAGAGGACAAGGUUCCCCGGGAGCGAGCAGUGCUGAGCGGCUUGCGUCACUUCACAGAGUACAGGAUUGACAUCCAUGCCUGCAACCACGCGGCACACACCGUGGGCUGUAGUGCUGCCACCUUCGUCUUUGCACGUACCAUGCCACACAGAGAGGCCGAUGGCAUCCCAGGGAAGGUUGCCUGGAAGGCAGCUGGCAAGAGCAGUGUCAUCUUGCAUUGGCUUGAGCCACCUGACCCCAAUGGGCUCAUCCUCAAGUAUGAAAUCAAGUACCGCCGGCUGGGAGAGGAGGCCACUGUGCUUUGUGUGUCCCGACUUCGAUAUGCCAAAGUUGGCGGGGUCCACCUGGCUCUGCUGCCCCCUGGAAACUACUCUGCUAGAGUGCGAGCCACUUCCCUGGCUGGCAACGGCUCCUGGACAGAAGGUAUUGCCUUCUACAUCAACGGUCCAGAGGAAGAGGAUGCUGGGGGACUGCGCAUCCUCCUCACCGUCACCCCUGUGGGGUUCAUGCUGCUCAUCAUGCUUGCUGCCCUCGGGUUCUUCUACAGCAAGAAGAGAAACAGCACGAUGUACACGUCUGUGAACCCUGAGUACUUCAGUGCUUCCCACAUGUACAGCCCUGACGAGUGGGAGGUUCCCCGGGAGCAGAUAACCAUCAUCCGAGAGCUGGGCCAAGGCUCUUUUGGGAUGGUCUAUGAGGGACUGGCACGAGGACUGGAGGCUGGCGAGGAGUCUACACCUGUAGCUCUGAAGACAGUGAAUGAGCUGGCCAGUGCUCGGGAAUGCAUUGAAUUCCUCAAGGAAGCAUCUGUCAUGAAAGCAUUCAAGUGUCACCAUGUGGUUCGUCUCCUGGGUGUGGUGUCUCAGGGCCAGCCAACUCUGGUCAUCAUGGAGUUAAUGACCCGUGGGGACCUCAAGAGCCAUCUCCGAUCUCUGAGACCUGAGGCAGAGAACAACCCUGGCCUCCCACAGCCAGCACUCUGUGACAUGAUACAGAUGGCUGGUGAGAUUGCAGAUGGCAUGGCCUACCUUGCUGCCAAGAAGUUUGUGCACCGGGACCUGGCAGCGCGCAACUGCAUGGUGUCCCAGGACUUUACCGUCAAAAUUGGUGACUUCGGGAUGACUCGGGAUGUGUACGAGACCGACUAUUACCGCAAGGGUGGAAAGGGCCUGCUGCCCGUGCGCUGGAUGGCCCCUGAGUCCCUAAAAGAUGGAAUCUUCACUACUCACUCAGAUGUCUGGUCCUUUGGUGUGGUGCUCUGGGAGAUUGCGACCCUGGCUGAGCAGCCAUACCAGGGUCUAUCAAACGAGCAGGUGCUCAAAUUUGUCAUGGACGGUGGAGUGCUAGAAGAACUGGAGGACUUUCCCCUUCAGCUACAGGAGCUGAUGCGACGCUGCUGGCAGCACAGCCCCCGCCUGCGUCCUACUUUCAUCCACAUCCUGGAUCGAAUACAGGAGGAGCUUCGGCCCUCUUUCCGACUCUGUUCCUUCUACUUCAGCCCAGAGUGCCAGCGUGGCCAGGCCUCCUUGCUGCCUGCUGAGGCAGAGCCUGACUCCCCACCAACCUCAAAGGGAGCUUCAGACUGUAGACCCCUAAAUGGAGACCCAGGACACUAAGGGUCUCUCCAUUCCCCACCUGACUGGCCUCCCAUAGGCAGAGAAGAUAGAGCCCAACCUUUAUAACCAGUUGCUUCCCUCUCACUCCCCAGUCUCCCUAGGCAGGUCAAGAUUAUCUCAGCACUAUCAGAGAGCAGGAGCAAAAAAGGGAGGCAUCUGAACUCACAGAUGACUCAGAGAGACAGCCUGUGGGAAAGCAUGAGAGGCCACAGCAGGAGGGACCCUCAGAUCACAGGGCAGGCACGUCCUUCCCUCAGAAGAGACACUGUUCAGACUGACAAAGCUAGCCCACUGGAGACAGGGUCCAGAGACACGGCCUCUCCGACGCUGGGCCAUCAACAGCUUGGGAGACAAUGAGUGGCCAGAGGCAAGUCUGGAGAGCUCUUUACUCACUUUGGGACCUGAAGACAAACAUUCAUGUCCCUGCCCUUUCUUUUCCUGUUCAUCUCCUCCCCUCUACCACACAUACCAGGACAGAACAGGAACCCUAGGACCCUGGGCAGGUCAGUACCCUCACUUCUCUCCCCCUGCUCUACCCAGGGACCUCAAACUUGGUGCUCCUCCCUCCUUUGCGUCAAGGACAUCCCUUGAUGCACGUCUGUCCUUUUCCAGUUGUCCCUGGAUUGCUAGUCCUGGAUGUGAGAGCUUUGUCUCCCUCUCUCCCAUCUCCUUCUCAGCCUCUCUGGGGAAGACUGGAGAAAACACAAUAAAGACUGGGGUCUGUUUGUGCUCUGG